AUGGCCGACACAGUAGCAACCAACAACGGACCCGACGCGCUGGACGAGACCCUUACGCGACUCUCCAAGAAGCCCGGCGUCAAGGCCACAAUCAUCCUCGAUCGAGUCACGGGCGCCAUCCUGCGGACAAGCGGCCAGCUCUCCUCCUUCAACGCGGCGACUUUGGCAACAGGGCAGGGUUCGUUCUCUGGCGAGGGCGCCGCCGGGCAGCAGCAGCAGCAGCAACAAAACGGUGAAGAGCAACCGCAGGGCCUGGAGGAUUUUGCUGCCAAGGUGUGGAACUGGGUUAAUGCAUCGGGUACUCUUGUGCUUGACCUGGACACCGAGAUGAACGGCCGAGGAGGCAGAAGAACGAUACCCUGA